UGCACCACCAUCCAUAGUGCCCUUUUCACGACAUAAGCAUUUGUGUUUCUGUCUGUUUACAAAUUCUUCUUCUUUUUUUCUAUUUCCCAAAAAAAAAAAGAGUAAAGAGUCGUCGAAUUUAGAGAGAGAGAGAGAGAAGUAAGGUAUCUUUCUUCUUCCAUCUUCGUUGUCAUCACCACGGCUUCCGGUAAUCAUUGGACACACAUGCAAUUUCCAACUUUUCAUUCUUCUUAAUUUCUCUUCGACCAUCAAAAAGUUCCAUUUUAGUAUUCUUCUACUCGUUAUUAUCUGAAGCUUUCUCUCUUCUUCUUCUUCGUGAAUUUCAUCAUGGGCUUUUGAGUCUCUGAAUCAAUAUUUAAUUUCCCAAAAAAUUACGAUGGAAUCGGAGAAGCCCACAGUUUUGAGUUCCAUGACCAGACCUUCGUGGGCAUUCCUUCUCCUUGUUUUCACCGUCUUAGCGAUUCUCUCUCACCAAAUCUCCUCCAAUUCCUUCCUCCCUCUCUGGAUCCCUACGUCCCUGCCUCUCCAUGACCCGGUUUCCUGCUCCGGGUUUUUCCUCCACGACCCGUCUCCGCGCCGGAUCGUCAUGUCGAUUACCGAUUUCGGCGGAGUCGGCGAUGGAAAGACGUCGAACACGGCUGCUUUCCGCCGCGCCGUACGUCACCUUCAAGGUUUUGCGGCCGAGGGUGGGGUCCAGCUUAAUGUCCCGAGUGGCACGUGGCUCUCCGGAAGCUUUAACCUCACCAGCAAUUUCACGCUCUUUCUCGAACGCGGCGCUCUGAUUUUGGGAUCCAAGGACCCAGACGAAUGGCCGAUAAUAGAGCCAUUGCCUUCUUAUGGAAGAGGGAGAGAAAGACCUGGUGGUAGACACAUUAGCCUCAUUCAUGGAGACAAUCUCACUAAUGUUGUCAUUACAGGAGAAAAUGGUACAAUCGAUGGACAGGGAAAAAUGUGGUGGGAGUUAUGGUGGAACAGAACAUUGGUGCAUACAAGAGGCCAUCUUAUUGAAAUCAAGAACUCUCAUAAUAUCCUAAUCUCCAAUCUCACUCUUCGCAACUCUCCUUUCUGGACAAUCCAUCCUGUUUACUGCAGCAAUGUUGUUAUUACAAAUAUGACCAUUCUUGCUCCGAUGAAUGCCCCUAACACCGACGGUAUAGAUCCAGACUCAAGCACCAAUGUAUGCAUUGAGGACUGUUACAUCGAAAGCGGCGAUGACCUUGUAGCUGUGAAAAGCGGAUGGGACCAGUAUGGAAUGGCUAUGGCACGUCCGAGUUCGAACAUCAUUAUUCGAAGAAUCUCUGGAACUACACGCACUUGUUCAGGAGUUGGAGUAGGCAGUGAGAUGUCUGGUGGGAUAUUCAACAUAACCGUGGAAGAUAUUCACGUAUGGGAUUCCGCGGCGGGGCUACGCAUAAAAACAGAUAAAGGGAGAGGAGGCUACAUUUCUAAUAUCACCAUUAGAAAUGUGUUAUUGGAGAAAGUGAAAGUUCCCAUUAGAUUCAGCAGAGGCUCAAACGAUCACCCGGACGAUAAAUGGGAUCCUAAAGCUAUGCCGAGAGUAAAAGGUAUAUAUAUUAGCAAUGUGGUUAGUCUGAAUUCAAGAAAGGCCCCGAUGUUGCUUGGUGUUGAAGGCGCAUUGUUUCAAGACAUAUGUUUGAGGAAUGUUACGCUUCUUGGGUUACCGGAGUCAGAGAAAUGGAAAUGCAAGGAUGUUUCUGGUUAUGCGAGUGACGUUUUGCCACUGGCAUGUCCACAGUUGUUGCAGAAGAAGGGUUCGAUAACUCAGUGUAGAUAGAUAAGUUUUGAGUCUCUGAGAAGUUUAAAUGGUGAUUUGAUUAGUUUUUGAGAUUUUCAUGUGAUGACACACAGGUGGCCAUGAGUUUGAGCUUGUUUUUUUGGGGUGAAGAUUCAUGGUCACGUUAAAGCAGGAUGUCAUCUUGGUUCACAUUUUUUUGUUCUUUGGUUGUGAAUUUUUUAUUCUUUUGAUAAAUACUUUCCUUUCUGUAACAAAAUGAUAUACUUUGAAUUGUUCAAUAAAGAUUCAUGCAUAUUCAUUUUUA